AUGGAGAACACAUCUAAUUCUGUGGGCUUGAGCUCGGAUACUAUGGAAGCUGUAUCUCUCAUGUCAGUGGUAAAUAUACUAAUUGGAGUAAUUGGUAUUAUUGGUCUUCUGGGCAACUCGCUGGUCUGCGUCGUGGUGUUGCGAGUUCCACAACUACGGACUCUUGCAAAUUACCUCAUCGUCCAUCAAGCUAUCAUUGACGUAAUUGCUUCUAUCGUGAUAACAGUACGUUUUUUCGGACCACAGACAACGCAGCUGCCUGACAAUCUAUUCGGGGAGAUGGCUUGUCGGCUCUGGAAGUCUGACUAUCUUAUUUGGUCGCUAUUCCUGCUAUCCAGUUUGAAUCUGGUUCUUAUUACGAUGGAGCGCUAUUAUGCCAUUGUAUAUCCCUUAAGUUACCAGUUUAUAUACUCCCCGGGCAAGGUGAAAAUAAUGGUGGUCGUGGUCUGGAUCGUAGCAUUCGUAUUCAAGAUAUAUAACCCAAUUGUACAGUCCUUUGAUCAUGGAGUUUGCAUAACAAAUUUUCCAUCGCCAGCCGUGUCAAAACUUGCUGGAAUAGCCACCGUAAUUGUCCAGUACAUCACGCCUCUUAUUGUCAUGGCAAUGGCGUACACGCGUUGUAUCUUCGCUAUAAAGCAUACCGUUCACAACGGGCCUUUAACAAACAAAGAGAAGAGCGUAAUGAGGGCACGCAACAAUAUCCUGAAGAUGUUAGUCUUGGUUUUCUUGGUUUAUGCAGUGUGCUGGGGGCCAAAUCAGAUCAAUAAUGUUCAUGCUGUAUCAGAGUGGUGUGAAGAUCGAAUUCUAUAA